AUGGCCGACGAUCCGUAUUACCGCGAAUAUAUGGACCGGAGAAAUCGUGAAGGAUUCGGCCGCUUCGAACCCACCGGCCGUCAAUCUACAAACGAUGCGGCGGCAAAGGCGCAGGUUGCAGCUAGUGAAUAUGCUUUGCCGCAGUACGGCUACAGAUCAGAUGGCUACACAUCUACAGCCUCGCAUCUGGGCGAUGACCCGAUUUCAGCGGUACGAACGCUGAGAAGCCAGAUGCGCAAGAAAAUGGUGGAUCACGAGAAGUCGGACAGGACUGUGAAGGCCCAUCUCUGCCAAGCGGCCUGCGAUUCGCUAAAUAAAACUGAAGGGCAAUUGGUGUCACUGGAUAAUCAGCGGAAAAAUGCGCUUAUGGUUGGCGAUACGGGCCGGGCGAAUCAGCUGAAAGCACAGAUGGAGCAGGUAAAAGACGACGGGAUUCGCAACGCCUAUGCAGAUUUGGUUACUGAGGAUGGGCAGAUGCAAGCCUACGGGGUGCGCUCAACUUGGGCCCCGGAAACGAUCGAGUCGCCAAGAAAGCCAGCAACGCCCCAGCCACUGGCACCGGCGCGGCCUCGCAGCGAGGAGAGCCGGCCCACCACCAAAAAGGGGAACCACGAGGGCCGAUUCCGGCCGGCUAACGCGCCGGUUCGCGAGCCCGAUAUCCGGCGGAAUGAUCGGCUUUCGGAAGUGAUGCAGCGCAGAAGGGGAGAGUUUGUGCAGCCGAGAACGCAGAGCGAGGCAGACGUCAUUUUGCGCGACGACCCCUACCGGCCUCCAAAUCAAUACGGCCAAUGCAACUACUGCGACCGGGUGGACACCGGAUUCGGCCGAAAAUCGGGCCUCGAGAAGCAUUACGCAACCGACUGCCCGCAGCUGAUCAAAUGUCGGUACUGUGGAAAGGUCGUACAGGUACGCGAGCUGACGCAACACUACUUGGAACGCUGCGCAUUCCUGGGCAACCGGAUGAGCCGCUGCAAUCGCUGCGGGCUGGCACAGGAUCGAGAAGAUGCCGCGGAUGGGGAUACGCAUCCAUUAUGUCGAGGAAGAAUGGCCCCCUCUGGCGCUCGUUGGUGCCCACUUUGUGCCGUGGCCGUGGAUGAUAACAAAGAAGCAUGGAAGCGCCAUCUCCAAACCGGGCCGAAUGGCUGCUACAAUAAUCCAAGGUUGAACGGCGAUGAGUUGGCUUACGAGAGGGAGCGGGAAGCGGCUGAGGCAAAAACCCGAGAGGAAGGACCGGGAGGCGUAAACUCCAAGUCUUCAAAGACCACUACAACAAACAGUAAGCUAAAUGGCGCCAAGCUGAUCGAUGCUGAUCAAUUGAUCAAAGCCCUAACCAACGCCCAAAACGCCAAGAAAGCAGGCCGAAAUGCGAAGAUGAAAGAGUUGGAAAAUGCGACACCCGCUGCAAUCGAGAAGGCGAACGAGAAGGCAGCUGCCGAAAAGGCGAAAGAAGCUGCUGCUGCAGCAGCUGCCAAGAAA